CCGCCGGCUGCGCGUCGUCCGACUGUGUUUGUUUUGGUUUUGGGUGUUUGUUGUUUUUUUUUUUUUUUGUUCCAGAACCGGAACCUCUUUUGUUUUAUUCCCUCGUGCAUUCUGGAUCCAGCCGGAAAAUAAACAAGGUACACUGCUUGGUGAAGGUUUUUUUUUUUGUGUGCAUAUAAUGUAACAAGACUCGUUAUCGGUCCUCGCGUUCGUCAACGACCCGACGUAUUGGGACAUUUUGAAAUUAACCGAGGUCCUGUGAGAGCUGAAGUCAUACAUGUACAGCGGAAGGAUGACCGAGGCAUGGCAGCAGCAGCAUGCAGUCGCCCCUCCUCCUGUUGCUCAUCCUCUUCUUCAAGGGGCCGAAAAUCCUCUCGGUAGCGCCGUGUAUGGGAUCGUCCUUCCGGCAGACCCUGCUUUACAGCAAUCGCAGCACGGUCAGCACAGCCAGCAGCACCCCGUGCCUGCUCAACAGCCGUCCUUGCAAGUUGGGAGCGAGGGCGGGCACAAAUGUGGAGCGUGCGGCCAUGAUAUAUCUCACCUGGCGAACCCGCAUGAGCACCAGUGCAUGGUGAGCCAGGACCGCUCUUUUCAGUGCACCCAGUGCAUGAAGAUCUUCAGUCAGGCCACUGAUUUGCUGGAGCAUCAGUGUGUCCAGGUAGAGCAGAAGCCAUUUGUCUGUGGCGUGUGCAAAAUGGGAUUCUCCCUUCUCACUUCUUUGGCGCAACAUCACAACGAGCAUUCGAAUGGAAACAACCCUAUGAAAUGCUCCAUUUGUGAGAAAACCUACAGGCCAGAUUCCUCCUCCUCAAACCCUCAGCAGCCGUCAACAGGCGAGACCUCCAGCAGUGGAGCAGCAAUGGGCUCCUCUUCGUCCACUGAUUUUCAAAACUCCGACAGGCCCUACAAGUGUUCGGUGUGCUCGAAGGCUUUCCGACACCUAUCUGAGCUCUCUCGGCAUGAGCGAGUGCACACGGGCGAGAAGCCUUACAAAUGCAACACCUGUGAGAAGAGCUUCAGCCAGGCGUCUCACCUGGCGCACCACCAGCGUACCCAUAGUGCUGACCGGCCUUACAAAUGCGCAGUCUGUGAUAAGACCUUCAAGCACCGGCAGCACCUCGUGCGCCACAUGUACGCCCACUCCGGCGAGCACCUGUUCAAGUGUAACUUGUGUGAACUGCACUUCAAGGAGUCGUCUGAGCUGCUGCACCACCAGUGCCAACCCGCAGGCGAACGACCCUUCCGUUGCACGACGUGCGGGAAGACCUUCAAACGGCCGUCGGACCUCCGGCAACACGAGCGCACCCACUCCGAAGAAAGACCAUUCCAAUGUGAAGAGUGCCAGAUGAGUUUCAAGCAGCAGUACGCCCUUGUGCGCCAUCGCCGCACUCACAAAAACCCUGCCGAACGUCCUUUCAAGUGCAACCAGUGUGACAAGGGCUUCCUCCAACCGUCCCACCUUCUGUACCACCAGCAUGUCCAUGGAAUUGAGAACCUGUUCAAGUGCGCCGCUUGCCAGAGGGGCUUCAGACAGUCUGGGGAGCUGCUAAGGCACAAGUGUGGAGAAUCCGGCUCAGGCGCCAACGCACCCGAGAAACCGUACAAGUGCGACGUGUGUGGCAAGGGCUACAAAAAGUCGUCCACCCUUCAGCGACACCAGAACUCCCAUUGCACCGAGAAGCCGCUCAAAUGCUCCUUGUGUGGUCGGCGCUUUCAGUCGUCGUCUGAUUUCGUCCAGCAUCACUGUGAUCCUGCCCGGGAGAAACCAAUGAAGUGCUCGGACUGCGAGAGGCGCUUUAAAUACUCCUCGGAGCUCCAGAGACAUCGCCGCGUCCAUACGGGGGAGAAACCUUUCAAGUGCCCAACCUGUGACAAGGGAUUCAAGCAGCGAGAGCACCUGGCCAAACAUGGCAUUGUUCAUUCACGGGAAGCUCAGUUUAAGUGCGUGUGGUGUGGGGAGUGCUUCGGGGAGCUAGGGGCUCUUCAGGAGCACACAGUCCAACACACUGCAGAAGGAGGGGGCUAUCCAGUGGCCCCGUGCAUACAGUAGUGGUGCUCCAGCAACCUUAGCCUCCCAUCUUGUUUAACGAAGCCACGAAUAUAUAGUGCUUAUAUGAGAAACUUGCAGGUAUUCUAAAUGUGCUAUAAUUUAUUGAGGUUCAUUUCAAGACUCACAGCCUGUGAUGUAGUUUUCAAACUCUCAGUACCAGUAUUUUCCAGCCAGGCCUUAAAAAAAAAAAAAAUUAAAAAAAAAAAAAAAAAAAAUUAAAAAAAGCUUAGGUGCAAAAUACAGUAAAAUGUCCAAAACGUAUUUAAAAGUUUAUAGGAUAUACAUUCAAGGACGACUAUUCUAGAUUUUUUUUUUUAGCACUUCUUUCUCAAAUAUUUGAAAUCUGAAAUUCAAAUACAGUGCUGUUGUAAGUGCUUGUGACCGAUUGCAUUUUCACUGUUUUAAUACUAACAGACUUAGUUCAGUUGUUUUGCUAGGAGCGGUUCCUAACAUGAGAAAUUGGAUUUCACUGGCUGGAAUUAUUAUUGAGGCAUGUGACGGACAGUGUUACUUUUUUCCCAUCUUGUACAGUAUAUGUACAACCUCAUGCUUUUUACCUGCCAUAGUACUUGUGCGUAUAUAUAUAUAUAUAUAUAUAUAUAUAUAUAUAUAUAUAUAUAUAUAUAUAUAUAUAUAUAUAUAUAUAUAUAUAUAUAUAUAUUUAUAUAUAUUAAGGCUAACUGCUCCGUAUAGUAACUACCGUAUAAACUCCAAUGCCCAACCCAUUAUGUAAUAGGGUAUGUGUAUGCAUGAAUAAUCUAAAAUCGCUAUGUUAGUAUUUUAUGUUGUAAACUGUAACUGGUGCUUAUUUGUAUGUUGUCUUAUAGGCAAAAGAACCACGUUAGUUACUUUGAAGUGAUGCAGUUGUAUGUGACGAGUGUAAGUGGUUAAUUCAUCCCUGCAGUUGUCAUGGCUAUUUAUACAUUUAUCAGUAACAUUAAUACAUUUUUACAGUUUAAAGUUUGGACUUAUAUUUCAGCUGCCCAGUAACAGCACGUCUGUCACAGCAAUAUAAAAAACACACACACACGCACACACAAAAACACGCACACACAAGCAGGUGUUACUGCAAUGCUCUAUCAUCUCCAGUACUAUUCAGAAAUUGAUGUUUUGUAAUGAUUUUAGUACAAUAAUACAAUUUAGUGUCUGUAUCUCCACCAUACUGUAAACUAUAUGUCCAUGAUCAUUCCUCUCUAAGGACAGGUAUUACUUUCUUAAAGUGGAUGUAGUAGGAUUAUUUUACCUUUGAGACAUUUUGUUUUAUGUUUUGUUUUUUGUUUUUUAAUCCCAUGUAUACAUGCCUCUGAAAAGUGUUGGUGAUGUCCCUUAAACAUUAGGUUUGUAUCCUAAUAUUAAAAAAAAAAAAGUCUAGGAAUCAAAAGCACCUUGGUUGUAUUAAGCAAUGCUACAAAGUUUGUUAGUUCUAGUUAGAGAGAACUGCACCUUAAUCAACCUUAAUCAGCAUAUCAAUCACUGCUGAUCAUGAUUAUUUGGAUGAUGCCAUGACAGGCAAGCAUCCUGUAGAGGCGUAAUAGGAAAUAAUAUAUUAAACGUUUGCUAACUCUAACAAAGUAGUCAUUUGUACUUUUCAGGAGCAACCCUAUUAAAAAAAAUUCUUCACAAUGUCCAUUUGUCGUUACAUUUAGAAUAGGUAACUAACUGAGGUAAUUAAUAAGAUUUAGGGAUCUAGCCUGCUCUCCUCAAGUCUAGUACCUAUAAACCAUUCUCUAGUUUUUUGCUCACUUUAACCUUUUAACAUUUUUAAGUGUUUUUAAAGAUUGUGGGGCGACCGAAAUAUGUAUAUAUCUCUAUAUGUAAUAAUUUGUCCUAUCUUUGCACUUGUAUGUAUUGUGACCUUAGGCUACAUGGCAUUAACCAAUAAAUGUUUGCAAUUA